UCAUACAAGAUGACGAUAUUGAAAUUAUUGGCACCACUGCCGAAGCACCACAAGUUUUUAAUAAAUUUGUUACCAAUAUAAUUGGUGAUGAAACCAAUUCUAAUUUAAUACGUGAAGAAUCUCAAAUUAUUUUGGCCAACGAUAUUUGGAAUAUUGACAUAACAGAGGAGUUUCAGGAAUCUAAUAGUCAAGUAUUGCAUGCUGAUGACGAAUCAUAUAAUAGCUGGGAUAUUAAUGAAGACAUUAAUGAGUCGGAUAAUGACAGUUGGAAUACUGAUAAAAUAGAUGA